GCCCCGGGGCGGUGCCGGGCGCUCGGCGGCGGCGGCGGCGGCCAUGGCCGGGGGGCGGCGGGGCCCGGGGGCGCUGGCGGAGCCGCGGCGGCUGAUGCGCUCCGGGCUGGGGCUGAUCGUGCUGGGCCACGGCAGCCUCGUGCUGGGCGCCAUCGUGCACGGCUCGGUGCUGCGGCACGUGGCCGGCGCCCGCCGCGCCGUCACCCCCGAGUACGCGGCGGCCAAUGUGGUGUCGGUGUGCUCGGGGCUGCUGAGCAUCGCCGCGGGCAUCGUCGCCAUCCUGGUGUCGCACAACCUGUCCCGGGCGGCCCUGCACUGGACCCUGCUGAGUGUCUCUCUGCUGAGCUGCCUGCUGUCCACGGCGUGCAGCGUGGGGCUGGCGCUGGCCGUGGCGCUCACGGUGCACGGCCGGGGCUCGCACCUGGUGCGGGGCUGCGACAGCUCCGCGCUGCCGCUGGACGCCCGCGCAGCCAUUGCCACCAACGACUGUCCCUUCAACACCACGCGCAUCUACGACACGGCCCUGGCGCUCUGGAUCCCCUCCCUGCUGCUGGCGGCCGCAGAAGCCGUGCUCUCGGGCCGGAGCUGUUUGGUGGCUCUCGUCUUCCGGGGCAUCGGGCCCUGUGCACACGGCUAUGGCAAAGAUCAGCUGGCCAGGCCAAGCACAGCAAUGGAGAAGCCCCUCCGUGAGCGGCAGCAGCUCCUGGCAGGACUUGCUGAGUCUCCUGCGUAGCUGGAGGGGUGCUGCAGGAGUGCUGUGAUCCAGCACGGCCGGGGCUGAGGUGGAGUCACACCUUCUGCAGUGUCCGUGUGCCUGAGGGGGCUGCAGGGGGUGCCUCGCCCCCAGCCCCACACCCCGCCUGGGACAGGCCCUGCUGUGGGCCCCAGGUGCCCUCCAGCCUCUCCUCUCGCUGCCAGGCCCUUCCUGCUGAAGGCUCCCUUGGUUUCUGUCAGCAGUGACGGGGUGGGCAGAGGUGCUGGGGCCCAAUUCCUGGUGCCACUGCAGGCAUGGCAGCUGGCUGUGCCUGUGCUCAGACACGUCAGGGAACAGAAGGGAAGAGUCCCUGUCAUGUGGAUCUCUGGUUUUCUGGAAUAAAUAAACUUUUCCUUUCUA